AUGCCAGAAGCUAGAAAAAAGAUGGGAAUAGUAGAACAUCGAGGUCUUAUUUACAUUAUUGGUGGAUAUACGUACACUUACAAUCCCCUGCAUGAUCUUCUCUCAUACAAUCCUGUGACUGGGGAGUGGAAGAAUCUAGCACCAAUGCUAGGUCCACCAUCUAAGACGAUAGGCGUUGCAGUUUUAGAUAACUUUUUUGGAUAUAUGGACUUUUACAACCCCAUGCAUGAUCUUCUCUCAUACAAUCCUGUAACUGGGGAGUGGAGAGCACUAGCAGGACGUGCUCCACCUCGCUACAACUACAUGGGUGUUGCAGUUUUGAAUAACUUUUUUGGACGUAUGGACUCUUAUAACCCCUUUCAUGAACUUCUCUCAUACAAUCCUGUAACUGGGGAGUGGAGAGAUCUAGCAGCACUGAGUGCUCCACCUCGCUACAACUACAUGGGUGUUGCAGUUUUGAAUAACUUUUUGUAUUUAGUGGGUGGUCUUUUUAAUGAAGAAGGGGAAAAAUCACUAGAAAGAUAUUCUUUUGAACAGAACGAAUGGUUUAAGUGUUCAUCAAUGAAUUUUUGGCGAAGUAUCCCAGCAGUUGUUGCCACAAAUUCUCUGUUAUAUAUCAUAGGUGGUCAUCGUCCCAAUGACCACCUUGAACUGAACCAAUGGUUUAAGUGUUCGUCUUCAGAGUAUUUGGGUCGAAGUAGCCCAGCAGUUGUUGUCACAAAUUCUCUGUUAUAUGUCAUAGGCGGUUACUGGAGUGGUUUGAAUGGAAUUGGAAUGGUAAGGAAAGAAGAAUAA